AUGAUCAACAAACCGAUAAUGACGAUAUCUGCGACUAUAGAUCCCAGCGGACUUCCAAAAGAGGGCGAAGUACACGCAAACGAAUGGUACAACCAGGAUUUUGACGGCUAUCGAAUUUCAGAGCAGCCGUUACACGAGAAGCGGCCGGUUCGAAUCAUAUGCGUUGGUGCGGGCGCAUCAGGCUUGCAGGUGGCUUACAAGGCCGAACGAGCACUAGACAACUAUGAACUUCAAAUAUACGACAAGAACAGUGAUGUGGGCGGCACCUGGCUAGAGAAUGUCUAUCCUGGAUGUACUUGCGACAUCCCAUCACACAGCUACCAAUUCCCUUGGGCGAAGAAUCCGAAUUGGUCCGCGUAUUACUCGUCCUCCAAGGAGAUCUGGCAGUACUUCAAGGACAUCUCAAUAGAGUAUGGACUUGACAAAUACAUAAAACUACGAACAACCGUCAAAGAAGCGAUAUGGAACGAGGAGAAGGGUCAGUACCAAGUGAAGCUGGUAGAUGCCGACGGCAAAGAUUUCGAGGACUGGUGCGAUGUGCUUUUGAACGGUACAGGAGUCUUGAACUCAUGGAAGUGGCCCAGUAUCCCUGGCAUCGAUGUCUUCAAGGGCAAGCUGAUGCACUCGGCUGCCUGGGAUACCAGCUAUGAUCUGACAGACAAGACUGUGGCUGUCAUCGGCGGUGGCUCGUCCGCAGUCCAGAUCAUCCCAGCUAUCCAGCCCAAGGUCAAGCAGCUGAUCGCGUAUUUGCGGUCGCCAGUCUGGGUUACGACUGGUUUUGGGGCCAAGCACGCUGGUCCUGGUGGCACGAACUUCGAAUACAGCCAGGAGCAAAUCCAAAAGUGGAAAGCGAACCCAGAAGAGUACGAGAAAUACUCGAGAGAAGUUGAGGGUGAACUCAACAAGCGAUUCACCUUGAUGCACACCAACGGUAAGGACCAAGCGGCGUCGCGGAAGCUCAUCGCAGACCUGAUGUCGGAGCGUCUCAACAACAAAGCACUCGAGAAGCAUCUGGUCCCCAACUUUGCGCUAGGAUGCCGUCGCAUGACGCCUGGCAGUCGGUACCUCGAGUCCUUGUCAGAUCCAAAUGUAAAGACCGUCCACACAGGUGUCACAAAGCUGACGGAAAACUCGGUCAUCGACGAACAUGGAGGCGAGCACCAAGUCGAUGUGGUGAUCUGUGCAACAGGAUUCGAGACGUCCUUCAAGCCGCAUUUCAAAUUGACCGGCCGUAACAAUGCGGUCAUACAAGAUCAGUUUGGCGACUUUCCGCAAGCAUACCUUAGUGUGACUGUGCCCAACUUUCCUAAUUUCUUCAUGUUCCAAGGCCCCAAUGGGCCAGCGUCACACAGCUCGAUCCUGCCCAUAAUGACAUGGUACUGCCGUUAUACUUUCCAGAUGAUCGAGAAGAUGCAGCGAGAAAAUAUCAAAGCGUUCGAGCCGAAGCAGCGCUGUGUCAAGGACCUAGCUAACCAUACCCACGAGCUAAUGAAGCGAUUGGUUUGGUCAUCUCCUUGCCGGUCGUGGUUCAAGAACGGCAAAACACACGGUCCCGUCACGGCGAUUUACCCCGGCAGCAGAUUGCACUUCUUUGAGAUGUUGAAGGAUGUACGAUGGGAAGACUACGAGCUCGACUACCGGACAUCCAACAUAUACCAGUUCAUGGGCAAUGGCUACACAGCCGAAGAGAUAAAUCCGGACGGAGAUCCUGUCUGGUACUUUGACGACGAGUUCUUGAAGCUGUAG